CCGCGGCCUUACAUGAGUUGUGAUUACAGUUGUCCCAAUCUGUCCACAGUUACUCAUCGUCUGACCAAAGAUAUCAGAAUCAUACACCUGUCAUUAGGGGGCUUGACGACCGAAGACGCAGGUAACGCAGCAACCUUUGUACGGAACAAGGACACGGUAUCGAAUAUGGACCUCUCGUGGGCUGGCCUCGCCAUGGCGGUCUGUGUCACUCUCUGCGUCCAGCGGACACACGCCGAGAUGUGCAGUGAGACAGAUUCUGAAGCAGUGGCUGCUCGACAGAUCGGGAAAUAUGGGGCGACUUUGGAAAUUUCAGCAGAAGUUAAUAGCCAAAAUCCUUUCCUCUCUGUCUGGGACAGAUACAUUCCAGAUCAAGACAAUAGUAUGGUUAAACAGCGUAUCGUGGCCUAUGCAGAAGAAAAAAAUCAAUGGCCGGUCAAUGACUCAGCCAGAACAUAUGCAGCGACAUUCAGCCGUGAGGCCAACAAAGCUUCUUACAGCCUUUCCUUUCGGAAACUUACAUGUUACGACAGAGGGGAGUACCGGUGCACAUUCACAACUCUAACCGGUACCUGUGUGACCAAGUUCAUUGUUAACAUUACAGCGGACCCGUACGCACCAUUGCUGAGGAACGACUCAAUCCGUGGAGACGUCGGCAGUACAGUCAAUGUGCUCUGCGAGGCUAAUGUCGGCUAUCCCGCGGGCGAAAUCUGGUGGUAUUACUACCCAGCCGAUGGCUCCAAUGCUUACAGAUUGACCACCGACAAACCAGAUAUGAGCAGCGCCGGGGAUUGCCGAUUUUACGCCAAAUCAACGCUGACGAUGACGCUGAAAACGGAAGAUCACGCCGCCACAAUCCGUUGUUCACCAAGAUCAAGCAGUGGCUUACUCAAGGACUUUGCCGAAGCUAAGGUUAUCGUGAAUGGCCUUGAGAUAACGACGGAACCGACACCGAAGCCAUGUCUCGGCUCGUUGUGCUCUUCUGUGGGAAAGGGUGUGGAAACACAGGUGAGGAUAUGGCCUUGUGGUUUAGCUCUCUUCCUGCUGCUGUCGCAGGGCAUCCGGAUCUACUUGCUAACGUAGCCCGCAAUCCCGCGGACCGUGCUCUUGAUGUGUCAGUCUGAUUGCGAGAUCUCACACCACAAGAUGUUUUAAUGAAAUAAGACAUCCUUGAAGAUUUUAACAAUCAGUUUUAUGUGUUCCUAGAGAUGGCUUACAGUGAUACUUGAUGUUUUCGGCACUGCAUGCUGACCUGGUGAAAUAUGAAAACCAGUUCAGGUGCAGUAAGCAACAUUCAGGUGAUAAAGCACCGCUACACUUCAGUUCCUGUUUACGCUUCCCCCUAUAGUAGAGCAGAUAUGAGAAGAAAAGAGAAGGGGCCAUGUAACUGAAGAAAGGAACUACCAGCUGACAGAUCGUUGUAGGAUGUUUGAUGAGCACGUGGUGUUUACCCGCUUUGGGCUUUGACUGACUGUUGAAAUGUCAUAAUGUGAGUACAAACUGAAAAGCUACAAAUGUGAACACAAAUUGAAAAGGUACAUAAAUCCACUAUCGUAUAUAAAACACACCAGGCGGGUUUCGAGGUUAGUAGAGAAACUUUGCCAAUUGUAUAAUUUAAGCACUUGAAGUCCUCGCAAGCUAUAUUAGUUAAUACACCAGUUUAUGCCCAAGCCGUGUACCGCUUAAAGUUACCUGUUUUAUGUACAUCGUAUUCCUGAUUAUCAGAAUAUUGCUUACUUCUAUACAGGUAACAUUCUACUCAAGGAAAGAUAAUAUUUCAGGGUUUUUUCAAGAUAUAACGAUUACUUGUUGAAGUUAUGAGUUAAUCACGAGUUUGCUUUAUAGUUAUAAUAAUGUUGUAAUAAUGGAUGGCGUUAGCUGUAUGGUAAUAUGCCAUCAUUAAUGUGUUUGAAUGUGUUUGUGAUCCUUGGACCAUUGCAUUUGACUGUGCACACUCAUCGUCUUGGACCAUUCCACUUGGUUGUGCACACUCAUCGCCUUGGACCAUUUCAUUUGAUAUUGCACACUCAUUCCCUUGGACCAUUGCAUUUGAUUGUGCACACUCAUCGCCUUGGACCAUUCCAUUUGGUUGUGCACACUCAUCGCCUUGGACCAUUCCAUUUGAUUGUGCGCACUCAUCACCUUGGACCAUUCCAUUUGGUUGUGCACACUCAUCGUCUUGGACCAUUCCAUUUGAUUGUGCACACUCAUCGCCUUGGACCAUUGCAUUUGAUUGUGCCCACUCAUCGCCUUGGACCAUUCCAUUUGGUUGUGCACACUCAACGCCAUGGACCAUUCCAUUUGGUUGUGCACACUCAACGCCUUUGACCAUUCCAUUUGGUUGUGCACACUCAUUGCCUUGGACCAUUCCAUUUGGUUGUGCACACUCAUUGCCUUGGAUCAUUCCAUUUGGUUGUGCACACUCAUUGCCUUGGACCAUGCCAUUUGGUUAUGCACACUCAUCGACAUGGACCAUUCCAUUUGGUUGUGCACACUCAUCGCCUCGGACCAUUUCAUUUGGUUGUGCACACGAAUUGCCUUGGACCAUUCCAUUUGGUUGUGCACACUUAUCGCCUUGGACCAUUCCAUUUGAUUGUGCAUACUCAGCGCCUUUGACCAUUCCAUUUGGUUGUGCACACUCAUCGCCAUGGAACUGUAUUGUAGUAGUAAACUACGGGUUGACGAUCAGUCCAACAACUGAAGACAAUGAAUAACAAUAUUUCCAUCCGUAGCCCAUCCGUGACUCGGAAAUGUAUUAUACCGCCUUUGCCAGUUGUUGAUUUCUAUACAGACGGCGCGGCUUUGUGGAAUUUAUAGCGAGAUCAAAAUGUAUAUAAUGUUAUGUCCAGAAUACCAUUUUUAUCGUACACCCUAGCUAAUUAUAAAUCAGUUAUUUUGUAAAUUAUUCACAUUAUGACGUUUCAUGCUAAGAUUAUUUUUGGUAGUUAUUGAUGUUAAUGAGAUCCUAGUGUAAAAUUACAUUUCAAAUA